UUACUAAAAGAAAAAGUGAAUCUUAUCUGUUGUCGAGUUGAUACCGGAUACGAACGAGCUCACAAACCAAGUUCGGUCACUCCUCCGUUGUGGCCUAGGCCUACAUUUGUGUACACAAGAACCACCGAAACAGGAAAAUCAAAAGGGAACCCUGUUUGAGUUCGAGAAAGACAUUCUGAAUUGAAAGAGCAGUUAAGCAAACAGACUGAAAAUGCCAGCAGUAAAUUCCAUAUGUUAACGUGACUCUGUUGUUUUCUAUCUCUACAUUUUAGAUCAUCAAUCUGAUGCCUGGUUUUGUCUCCAAUUAUAAUGCCUCGAGUUAGAACGCGCGCCCGCACCACGAAACCUUAUUCAAGUGUUGUGUGGCGGUAUUUUCAUGUUCGAGACCCCAGCAACGAACACUUAGUGUCAUGUAUUCUGUGUGGUAGAGAGUACACUAGGGAUAUUGGAGGUUCAACAUCCAACCUUCUCCAUCAUAUCAAAUCUGCUCACGCUGAUGAAGAUCCUCCCCCGAUUCCAGAGUCUCAGCGUGUGAGAAAAUUAACGAGACCCGUCUCAACUUCAGACUCGGACUCAGAGAGUGUGCCGGUCAAAGCCAAAAGGCAAAGAACAAAUUUAUCUUUUGUAUGGAGUUAUUUUGUCAAGCCAACAUCGCCUCAUCAACCUUGUUCUUGCAACAUAUGUGGAGCUAUAUUUAAAUACAGCUAUGGCCCUGGUGACAAAUCGACUACGAGGUUGUGGCUACACCUUAAAAGAAAACACCCUGAUGAGUUUUUAGAAGGACAAAGACUUACAGCUGAGAGAGGUGGAGGAGGAAGGAAAAGUUCUCAAAGUAAUGUUUUGAAAGUAAGCCCAAAAGACUCUGAAGAUGACAGUAAUGACGGUGAAGAGGACGAUAGUAACCUCGAAACUGUUGUGCUGAAACAGGAGCCUGUGGUGACAAAAACUAGGACAUCUAAAGCUACUAAAACAAAAGGUAAAAGAAAGGAUGUCACAAGUUCAAAUGCUUCUACUAGUGCUAGUGCAUCAUUCAAAGCGAAGAAAAGUCUUGAAUUUAAAAAGAAAGCCUACAUCGAUGCCCUUGUUGUGCAAGUUAUAACAUCUGAACUUCAACCUUGCUCUUUUGUGGAAAAUGAAAACUUACGUGCCCUGGUGAAGUCCCUUGAUCCACACUAUGACCUACCCAGUUACGAUAAAUUGUCACAGGAAAUUUUACCCAGUACAUAUGAAGCUGUGAAACAGGAUGUGAAGCUCUCUCUUCAGCUUGCCAACAAAGUUGCAAUCACCGUAGACAGCUGGGUGUCAUGGAGCUCGCAACAAUAUGUGACGGUCACAGCUCACUUUUUCUCCAUGUCCUGGGACAAAAAAGUCCUUGUGCUCAGUACUUUUCAAAUUACCAAUAACAUGACUGCAGCAGACACAACCGCAGAAUUGCAGAAAAUUUUUGCCCACUGGGAAAUAGAAGGAAAAAUUUGUUCUGUUGUGACUGACAGUUCAUCAAUCAUUUCAGAAGCUGUCCAAAAUCUAGAAAUGCAACAAGUGCCUUGUUUUGUACAUUCUUUGGAUAGAGCUGUAAAAGAAGCUUUGAAAAGUGCUCAUGAUGUUGUCACCAUUGCAAGUCGAGUGAGGGGUAUUGCAUCUUAUUUUCAGUAUUCCAGUUAUGGUGUCAAUAUGCUGAAAGAGAUACAAGUACAGGGCGGCAAUGGACCUAUGAAGAUGUUAGUGAAAGAUGAAGAAGCUAGAUGGAUGUCUACGUUGGACAUGUUUCGUUGUUAUAUUGAACAACAUGAAGUAAUUUCAGCAGCACUUUGUUUUUUAUCGAAGGCUGGUGACUGCAUCACAGAAGGUGAAGUUGACAUUAUGAAGAAAGUAGUGGAAACAUUGGAGCCUUUUCAGUUAGCUGCAAAUGAACUCUGUGUUGAAAAUGGUGCAACACUUUCUACUAUGAUUCCAAUACUGAAGCAGUUGCAGGAAUGUUUAGUAGAACUGCAUUAUCAGGACUUUCCUUUAACUGCAGUGUUAUUAAGAGACAUCAACAGGUUGUUUUUAUCUCUUGAAACAAAUUUCAUUGUUGGUGCUGCCACAGUUCUGGAUCCUCGUUUCAAAUAUUUGUCCUUUGAUGACCCAGACAAAGUAAAGAAUAUUGAGAGCCGUCUGACGUCGAUGCUGAGUAAAAUGUUUGAGUCAGUGUCAGAUGAUGCUGAUGAUUCCUCUGUUGUGCAAGAACAAACGGAACGUCCGAGAAAAUCUCUGUGGAACAGGUUUGAUUCUAAAGUGAAUGAUUUGUUAGUAGCUUCUUCUCCUGCCAGAAAUGGGCCAAUGAUUGAGCUGAGACGAUACUUUGAAAGUCGGCAACUUAGAAGACAAGAAGUUCACCCUUUUGAAUGGUGGAAAGCAAAUGAAAAAGUGUUCCCCAACCUUGCCAAACUGGCUCAACAGUUCCUGGCUGUUCCAGCGACGUCAGUGCCUGCUGCCUACAUUUUCUCAAAGGAUAGUGAAGCUUUUCUUGCAAAAAGAAGUUGUUUGGAAGAAGGUGUUAUUGACAAGAUGAUAUUCUUACACAAAAAUUAUACAAACACCAAUACUGUACAGUCUACUUAGUUUAGAACAGUUUCAUUUUUGACUAACCUGUGUAAUUUUUCAGCCUCAUUAGAAAGUCUUGACUGUUUUCACUCUGUGUCAUUAUAUAUAUUCUCUUUUACAUUGAGACUCUCUUUGAAUAUAUAUAUUAUACCCAGUUCAAAAAGUGGGUGUAAGCUUUGUCCAUUCAUUAUCCACAGAAAUGCACUCUUGCUCUCUUGCUGUUCAAAAUGUCUAUUGAUGCAUUUAUAUAUUUCAGGAAGAACCCUCUGCGAGUGAAGUUACUGGUCUUUGAUCUAGUUGUUUAUCGCCUGCCAAUCUCAUGAUGCUUUCCUUUGCCCAGGCUAGAGUUCAGUUAAAUGUGAGCUCUAAAAACUGUUAAUCAUGACAAAUUUUAGGCUUCCCUUUUGUGUGUCUAUCUAAUAAUAUCAUCAUGCAGCUUAUAAUGCAAAAAGUUGAAUAGAGCUAGCUCUACUCCCGGCCCCCAUUGAAAUCUCUUUUCCACAUUCUGUUUGUAAGGGCUGAGAGAAAGUAGGAGAUAUCGGAGGCAUCUGCUGGCUUUGUUUUAUAUCGUCUCACUGUGUCCUUCCCUCAGUCCUUUCUGCCGUGCUCUCUUUGUUUUGAGGUGUGCUGAAUUUUUGUGGAGUUCCGUCUUACUGACUCACGAUCACAUGACAUUGGGCCGACUUGAUGGUCACAGCUGUGCUCUAAAACCUUUUUGUGUAGAUAAUCCAAACCAUCCAUGCAACAUGUAAUGACAUGCAACACCCUCUUUUCAAAGAUUACUUAUUUCUGGCAAUAUUAAUUAAUAAUAUCAAUGACCAUGGGCUCUCUGGUACUCUGUACUCCGUAUCAGUCUCCCCUAUGCCUCUUGACCUAAACUGCACGUGACUGACUACCUUGUGUGCACACCCAGCCACCCUUUUAUUUUAAGUACCAGUAAGCAUGAAUAAAAAUGUUGGUAACAUGAGUACAUCAUUUGCAAUCCAAGUAAAUUUCUCAAUGGUGUGGCAUCAAGCUUUUAUAUGUGCCACAUUCAGCCUGGGAAACUAAAGAAGUGUAAACAGUCAGUGUGGUCCUUAACUUUUGAUUUCCCUUUUUUUCUUCAUGAUGCAAUGCCAGCCUUCCUCAUCCAGUGAUUUGUUGUCCUUGUGCUGUCUACUUGUUGAGUGAGAGAACACUGUAUCAUGAGGUUUAACAAGGCUUCCUUUGUCUUUUUUUUAAAUUUCUGUACAGCAGUCUUUGGAAUACUUACAAUUGCAUUUUGACUGUUUACUAAUAUUAUUUAACUUGAGCCUGACCUGAGCUAAUUUUCUCCCAACAACCAUUGCAACCCGACACUUUUGGGUAUUACAUUGAAGCGUUAAUCACAAAAGGACUGUGAAAGCUAUCAUUUUUUUAAUGCAGCAAGACAAAGAAAGAAAAGCUCUCACAGAAAAAGAAAACUGGACCUAAUUUAUCCAAAUAGUUUUUAUUUUCAGUAUUUUGAAAUAUAUGGCAAUGUCUGGGUGUUCGGAUGCAAUUUUUUUGGCACCGAAUUUUUCAUAAAAUCUUCUAUGGCAAUAGGGGGGUGACUGACUUUUUAAUCCGUUACAGCUGAAAAGGUUUCAGUAUCACAACAUAACUUCACCAAAAUUUUAGCGAAACAAAACAA